UAAUGAUAGUUUACCAACUUUUUUAUUAUUUAUUAUUUAGGUAUCCGGUUACCCAAUUUAUUGCACUUUAUAAACUUGCAGUAACGUUACAUUGGUACGGUCUCAGAAGGGGUGAUGCAGAACAUCCUAAACAACAUUCGGUGACAAUCUUUCAUUGCGUUUAUCCGAUAUUAUGAUAGAUGUUAUGAGGUUUAUAGAUAUUUUCUACAAUUUUGAUUAUACGUCCUGCGACUCUUAACGAAUUAAAUCAGAUGUUACACGGAGAUGCCUAAAUAAGUGCCAUAACCUGUGGGAUUAGCUACUGGUUUGCGCCGUACCGGAAAUGAGGUGUCCAUUCUUUGCUGAGCAGCUUUAUCGAAAGAUAAACACGUAGUUAGCUAGCUGGGUAGUUGUUACAGUUGGGGGGAAAUUCUGCAGGGGACUGUGGUGGAGGUUUGGAAGAGAAAGGAUAAGGAUUAUAUAUAGAAACCCAUCAAAGGAGGUUUCGCAGUUCCCAGUUGUGCCCUUCCAUACUAGAUCCGUUGGAGAGCGGCCCGGACUGAGCGUGGAGCAAACGCAUUCCGUCAGCGACUGAAGUCGCUUCAGAAGGUCAGGAUCCCAUUUCUGAGCACUAAGAGACAGGAGGAGUACAGGAUGGUGCGAGCAGCCCUGGUGACAGCCACUAGUCUGGCCCUGACUGGGGCAGUGGUCGCCCAUGCCUACUAUCUCAAGCACCAGUUCUAUCCCACUGUGGUCUACCUCACCAAGAGCAGCCCCAGCAUGGCUGUUUUGUAUAUCCAGGCGUUUGUGCUGGUCUUCCUGUUGGGGAAAUUCAUGCGCAAGGUCUUCUUCGGACAGCUGCGAGCUGCUGAGAUGGAGCACCUGAUCGAGCGCUCCUGGUAUGCCGUGACAGAGACGUGCUUGGCCUUCACGGUGUUCCGAGAUGACUUCUCACCUCGCUUUGUGGCCCUCUUCACCCUGCUGCUCUUCCUCAAGUGCUUCCAUUGGUUGGCCGAGGACAGGGUGGACUUUAUGGAGAGGAGUCCCAAUAUCUCCUGGAUCUUCCACUUCAGAGUGUUGUCUCUGAUGGUGUUGCUGGGAGUUCUGGACUUCCUCUUCGUCAAUCAUGCCUGUCACAGCAUUAUCACACGAGGAGCAUCAGUCCAGCUGGUCUUUGGGUUUGAGUAUGCUAUCUUGAUGACCAUGGUCCUGACAACCUUCAUAAAAUACACCCUCCAUACGAUAGACCUACAGAGCGAGAAUCCCUGGGACAACAAGGCAGUCUACAUGCUCUACACUGAACUCUUCACUGGCUUCAUCAAGGUUCUGCUGUACAUGGCAUUCAUGACUAUUAUGAUCAAAGUCCACACCUUCCCUCUCUUUGCCAUUCGCCCCAUGUACUUGGCCAUGAGGCAAUUCAAGAAAGCUGUCACUGAUGCGAUCAUGUCUCGGAGAGCCAUCCGCAACAUGAACACACUUUACCCAGACGCCACUCCAGAGGACCUGCAGGCCACUGACAACGUGUGCAUCAUCUGCCGGGAGGAAAUGGUGACCGGAGCCAAGAAACUGCCCUGCAAUCACAUUUUCCACUCCAGCUGCCUUCGCUCCUGGUUCCAGAGACAGCAGACGUGUCCUACCUGCCGCAUGGACGUUCUCCGUGCGUCACUGCCCAAUCAGACGCCAGCGCCGGCCCCUGCUCAACCUGCAGCUCCGGCUGCACCUGUCAAUCCCCCGGUCCAAGCCCCUGGAAACGUGCCACCUGGAGUGAUGCCACCAUUCCCCCCUGGACUUUUCCCAUUCUGGGGCCCCUUCCCUGGGGCGCCCCCACCUGCAGCUGCCCCUGGUCCCCAAGGCCCUGCAGAGUCCCCCCAGACCAGCACUGAGGGAGCCCAGACUCAGGGAGCUGGCACCAGCCGCUCAUCCCAGCCUGGCACUGACACCAUACCCCCACCUGGAGGCUCUAUCCCAGGAUUCCCCUUCUCCUUUCCCCCACCAUUUCCAUCUGCCCCAUGGAUGGCCAUGCCACCACCACCUCCACCAUUUGUGUCGUCCAUGCCACCCCCUCCAGCAUCGUUGUCUACCCUGUCAGAGGCGGAGCUUCGGGAGCUGGAACAGGAGGGCCGGCGGGGCCUGGAGGCCAGGCUGCAGUGUCUCCACAACAUCCACACACUGCUGGACGCCGCCAUGCUCAACAUCCAUCACUACCUCACUACUGUGGCCACACUGAGCCCCCCACGGUCUGAGACCGCCAGUAGUGAGGCAGCAGAGGCAGCCCGGACCGACGCGUCGCCCCCAACUGCCAGCACUGAGGACAGCACCCAGGAAAAUGGCACUCAAAGCAGUGAAUCUGUCAAUGGGGCAGCUGGCUUCUCCCCUCCAGACUCCACCACGGAGAGAGAAGGAGAUGAAAGUAGGGAGGAUGAGGGAGAAGACGUAGAGGACGGAGCGCCAAAUGCUGCUGAACUCAGGAGACGGCGCCUUCGCAAGCUGGACACUGCCCCACCUCCUGACCACUGAUGAGCAGCCACCACGUCUGACUGAUCCAUUCUGAAAAACGGACUAAGGGACGUAGCAACGGCCAAUACAGACACUGACUGGCACAGAGUACAGACAAACACACCAAAACACUCACUGACAUACAGAUGGACUGACAGACGCCAGCCCUGAUUCACACACGGUGCGGUAGCACAAAUGUGACAUAUUCAGCUACAGGAGGAUCCAGUUAGGCACUGCAGACUCAAUAUUCUUGCAUUCAGUUUCAAACGUGUUCAAACAAGGCCUUGCUUUACAUAGGAACAAAUUGUGAGACUGUUUCCAAAUUGCCACUGUAAUUUUUUAAAACUGAUAAACACGUACUCUGUCUGCUAGGCUGUGUGUGCUUGUGUCUCCUGUACCCCUCACCCACACUGAAUAUUUAUGUUAAACUCAGUCAAAACACCAAAUGCGUUUUAGUCUGAUUCUUACACAUGGGUGUUGGAUGCUCCAAGAUCUUUUUGAAGUGCUCCACAGUGACACCCGCUGGUCACAAGAAGUUACAUGUUUCUGGGUUGCAAAUGGAGUAUGCUGCUCUUUGCCUGUGAAGGCAUCCCCAAGUGGAAAGGGCAACAUUUACAUUUGUCUUAUUUUUUCUCCUGAAUCUGAGUUGCAAAUAUUUUUUUUCAAUUGAUUGUUUCUUUUUUUCCUAUUGCUUUACAGUCUGAGAUGCAAAUGGCCUGUUGUCCAUAGAAAAAUUGAAAUGAGACAGGGCUUUGCGCUGCAGAGUCUUCCCAGUUGGGUUUGAGUUUAGAAUUAUGGACUAAGAACUGCAGAGGCCUGUUUCCCUGGCCCAUUUUGUUUUUCUUCCUCCAUGAUGUUGGAGAGAUAUGGGCUUUGCUGUGUGUGCAGAGCUCUUUAGCUCAAAGGAAAUGAGUAAAGAGGAGGCUUAAUUUAACUUGUACAUACUGUAUAAAGAGUUUUAA